UUGGAACAUUGAUGUCUGUUCUCUGUGGUGGUAGUAAAUCAAGCAAUUCUAUGUACCAUGAGACAGUCCUUAACGUGCUGAAAAACUUUGUCGCAGACAUCACUCUUCUAAAUUAUCAUUAUCUCGAAAAAUGCUCGAAAUACAGGUGUUACGGUAUGUCCCGCUGACCCCUUCCAACUCCACGGUCGACCACCUGUCGGUGAAGGACAAUUUUGAUGUAGUGAGGACCAUUUGAAAUGGAAGGAUAGGAAAAGGGAAGAAGGACCGUUUGAAAUGGAAGGAUAGAAAAAAAGGAAAAAAGGAUCGUUUGAAAUGGUAGGAUAGAAAAAGAUAGACGUCAUGCACAGAUGAGAGGAAGAUAUAAGAAAAAAUAUAGAUGAAAUUUGUUAGUUAGUAGUUGAAAAUAUAGACCAUUGAAUUCGUGAACAUCACAAGCAAAAAUUUAAAUCCCGUAAGUAGAACCUACGUCGGAGAGGAAUUCUUUUAAUCCUUACCCUGAAUUAUAUUCCUUAACAGGUGAUAGUAGCACAAGAAUACUGUCGGUCAGAACGGACGGUGUCGGAUUGUUCAAGUUAAGCUUUAAACGGAAUAGUAUUCCACCUGCACAAUUGUUGGGAAGAAGAAGGAUUACGUAUUGAACCGAUCUUUUAGCUGAUUCAUGCUGAAAAGCCGUUUAUUCAAUCCACCCAACAAUCUAAAAGAUCGUCCAAGAUAACCACGAAGCAAUGCCGAAUUGUACAGGAAGUGCCCCCACCGUGGAAACACACUGUAACCAGUGUAAUGAACCUGACACGGAUCGGAUGGUAAGCUGUUGUCACUGCGAUUCGUGGUGGCAUUUUACCUGUGUGGGUGUGAACGACAGCAUUGAUGCGACAGACCGACCGUUUACAUGCCCAAACUGUCAGAGACCGUCGGCACAGAUUCCGGUGAUUGAUGCACCCGGAAGCAAGGCUAACAGCAAAGCAGGAACGAGCACUUCAACCUGUAGUGCUGGAGCAAUAAGGGCUCGCCUACAGCUCGAGAGACUUGAGGCCCAGAAGGCUUUGGCGAUGAAGCGUAUAGAGUUGGAGCGCCGGGAGCACGAGCGGAAGAUGGAGCAAGAGAAGCAGAAAAAGGAAGCAGAGUUUGAGCGGAGGCAAUUGCAGCUAGAGCAGGCGGUAAUGAACGAGUCAUUCCGUUUGAGAGAGGUGAUUGACCUAGGUGGGGAAGGCGAUGAAGACAACCGGAGUGUCGCCUCAGUGCAGAGUUCCUUCAGCAAGGUACAGCAGUGGAAGGCCGCCCAUUCGACGUUGGUUGUCCCGACGGAGAAGGCUCCAGCUAUUGGUACGAGUAACGCGACGACCGCAACUGGAAUACAAGCUAGGCAGGACGGCAUGCAGCAACCAACUAGCAUUAACGAGGGUAUUCUAGAAGCAGCGUUGGCAGGUAUUUCGUUAGGGCAGUCAGGGUUUGAGCCAACGUUAGGGGGUAUUAUCGGUCGAGCCGAAAGCACAACAGCGCCAAUAGUUGGUAGAGGUCAGGCUAACAUUUUCUCGGUUACCUCCGCGCUCGCCAGGCCUAGCAAAGGCAUCGCAAAUGUAAUCCCCAAGCAGCAUGCUUUCCAAAACUAUCCCUUUCCUCUCACCCAGCCUCCUCCAGCAGGCAAUUCGUUUAUCAUUCCGCGAGUUGGUAAUCCGAAUUUUGCAAUCGCCGCGCAAUCGACCGCAGUGAAUAGAGAUAGUGCAGGCCCGAUUAGAGGUCCAGUGACAGUGGAAGAAUUACUGGGAGGAGAGUAUUCCCAGUCGUACGCCGGCCAACCGUUACCGUCUGUGAUCCCCACUGAGCAAAGGUUUUCGAGAAGGCAGACGGUGCCACCAGGAAUCCAAUUGGGACCGCAGGAGCAACCACGGUUUGCGGAGUUCCAGGCUGGUGCGCAGCAACCUCCGUUGCAUGACGAGCAGGCGUAUUGGGGACCGACACCGCGACAAUUGGCGGCAAGACACGUGAUGAACAAGGAGUUGCCAAUCUUUUCUGGUAAUCCGGAGGACUGGCCGCUAUUCAUUAGCUCGUACGUUAACUCUACUCAGACGUGCGGGUUUUCGAACGAGGAAAAUUUGGCGAGGUUGCAACGGUGUUUGAAGGGGCACGCACUUGAAUCGGUGCGAAGUCGACUGUUGCUACCGGCGAGCGUCCCAAAUGUUUUAGCUACGCUGGAGACACUUUAUGGUAGACCGGAAUUGUUGAUCCAUGCGUUGUUGCAGAGGAUCCGAGGGGUACCUGCGCCAAAACAGGAAAGACUAGAUACGCUAAUCGGUUUCGGUAUGGCGGUGCAGAAUUUUUGUGAUCAUCUGGAAGCCGGGAGGCAUGAAGCGCAUCUCAACAAUCCGAUGCUACUGUUCGAGUUGGUAGAGAAGCUUCCAGCACAUAUGAAACUUGACUGGUCGCUAUACAAGCAGCGCUGCGGGGAAGUGAACCUGCGUUCUUUCUCGCAGUAUAUGCAGACGCUCGUGCGAGCGGCAUCCGACGUGACCGUGAACUACGAUCCUAGGCCGCAACCUGUACAGCAGCAGCGAAUAGUGAAGGAGAAGAACGGAAAGGACAAAAACUUCUGCGGAACUCACUCAAUGGAGGAUUCUUCUUUGAUGGCGACGAACAAAGAAGCAUCUGGCGUUACGAUGCGCCCAUCAAGCCCAGCGUGUUUCAUUUGCAAAAACCCGGGGCAUCGGGUAAAAGACUGCUCAGAGUUCGACAAGAAAACGGUCGAUGAACGCUGGGAGACAAUACAGAAACUCGGCUUGUGUCGGCUCUGUCUUGGAGCACACGGAAGGCGCCCCUGCAAGAAUCGCAAGCAAUGCGAUAUCGACGGGUGUCAACGGCGUCACCACCCUUUGCUGCACUCCAAACGGGACACAAAUGAAGCCCAGCAGGCCAGGGAAAACGGAAAGACGCCAGGAAAUGGCUGUAAGAAGUUUGGGAACGACGGAAAUUCGGCGAAGAAUGGGUCCAGGCAAGAAUCGAAUGAAGCUAAGCCAAGUAGUUCCAAAGCUGUCACCAACCAUCAUUCCGCUGGGAAGACUACGCUUUUUCGUAUUAUUCCAGUGACUUUGUAUGGGAACAAUCGAUCUGUGUCCGUGUAUGCUUUCUUGGACGACGGCUCGGAGAGAACGCUGAUUGACGAAGAGUUGGUAAAGGACCUUGGGGUUGUAGGAGAUCCGCAACCAUUGUGCUUGCAGUGGACGGCGAACGUGAAGAGGUCAGAAGCUAAUUCUCAACGGGUCGCAUUGGAAAUAGCAGGACGGUCAGGGGCAUCCAAACAUUCUUUGUCGGACGUGCGCACCGUAAGCAAGCUGGACUUACCACGACAAUCCUUGCGGUAUGCGGAACUCGCAGAAACCUUUCCGUACCUAAAGGGCCUACCGAUCGAUGAUUACGAUCAAGCGGUACCGCGCAUCCUCAUCGGAAACGACAACGCUCACGUUACAUCGACACUCAAGCUACGAGAUGGCCGACCGGGAGAGCCGAUAGCAGCAAAAUCACGUUUGGGAUGGACGGUUUACGGAUCCAACCAGGACAAGUCAGGGGAUAUCGUUCAUAGUUUCCACAUAUGCGAGUGCCAGGAGGCCGAGCAGACCCUACAUGAGCUCGUGGAGAAGUUUUUCUCAGUCGAGAGUCUGGGAAUAAUGGAAGUCGCCCAUCCUGAGUCCGCGGAAACUCAACGAGCAAAUCGGAUCCUGAUGGAAACUACUAAGCGGGUCGGACAGCGAUUCGAAACUGGGCUUCUCUGGAAGUACGAUAGCUUCGAGUUCCCGGACAGCUACCAGAUGGCGGUUCGACGACUGCAGUAUUUGGAAAGGCGUAUGCAGAGGGAUUUACUCAUCGGCGAAAGUGUGAGGAGACAGCUUUCUGAGUAUCAAGCGAAAGGGUACAUACACAAAGCGACCCGGAAGGAGCUCGAUGAUUCAGAUCCACGGCGUACGUGGUACUUACCUUUAGGAGUGGUCAUCAAUCCCAAGAAGCCGUCCAAGGUUCGUAUCUUCUGCGAUGCAGCGGCCAAAGUGGAUGGAGUCGCACUCAACACGAUGCUGUUGAAAGGGCCGGAUCUGCUAAAUACGUUGCUCAAUGUUCUAUACGGAUUCCGGGAGAAACGGGUCGCUCUGUGCGCAGAUCUGAAGGAGAUGUUUCACCAGAUUCGGAUUCGACGAGAAGAUCGACAUGCGCAACGACUGCUUUGGCGAGAUGAUCCUACACAAGCCCCCGAUGUGUAUUUGAUGGACGUCGCAACGUUUGGUGCAACGUGUUCACCGUGUUCGGCACAAUUCGUGAAGAAUUUGAACGCUAAGGAGCAUUCAAGACAGUAUCCAGUUGCAGCCGACGCAAUUAUCCGGAAGCACUACGUGGAUGACUACUUGGACAGCGCUGACGACGUUGACGUUGCUUUGGCGAUGAAGCGUAUAGAGUUGGAGCGCCGGGAGAGCCGAUAG